UGACAGUCAUGGAAUCAGUGCUGCAGUUAUACAGGCAAAAGAUGAAAUGUCACCAGAAGUAGUGGAAGGAAUCAGGACAAGGGCAUUUUCUAUCCUUUACAUGUCUCCUGAGACUUUGCUGAAUUUAGAGUCAUGGAAAGACAUGCUACUGAAUUCUAAAGUUUAUAAAGAGAGUGUCUCUCUUAUAGCAGUAGACGAGGCACACAUUAUGGAGUCAUGGGGUGAAACAUUUAGACCUACAUUUGCAAGACUUGGCGAGCUACGGUCCCAUUUUCCAAGCACACCCUUUUUAAUGUUAACUGCUACAUGCACACAACAUAUCCUGAGGCAGAUUACAACCAGGAUCUACCUACCAAACUUGAAAAUAUUCACUGCAUCUCCAGACAGGCCAAACAUAUACCUUGAGUGUCAAAGAGCCAGUGAUAUUUUCAAAGACCUUCACUGGCUAUUUGAGGAGGUGAAGGAAAAGGGAAUUAAAACGAGGAAGACUCUGAUAUAUGUUAGAAGUUUAAGUCGACGUGGCUGCCUGUACAGAAACAUAAUAGGUCAUUUGAAAGAGCAUGCCUUCCAUGAGAAAAAGAAGACCCAGCAGAACAGUUACAUUGCACUAUAUCAUGCUGGAAUGAAUUCCAAAGAAUUGAACUAUAUUCUUCAUGAAAUUUCAAAACAAGACAGUGUCAUCAGGAUUGCCAUAUGCACCAUUGCUUUUGGCAUGGGCAUAAACAUUCCUGAUAUUGAUAUUGUAAUUCAUUGGGGUGCUUGUUUUUCUAUAAUGGACUACUGA